AUGCUCCUUGACCACCGUAGCCGCAGCGAGGUGGCGCGUAUGGUAAGCGCGCGGACGAACGGCGCCACGCCGCUCGUCAUGGCCUCCAAGAACGGCCACCUCUCCUGCGUCGAGUACCUGGUCGAACGCUGCAACGCCGACUUAGAGCAGGUGGGAUCAGUGGUAUUCGACGGCGAAACCAUAGACGGGGCCCCCCCGCUGUGGUGCGCCGCCGCCGCUGGCCACCUCGACGUACAUUGAGGUCGCCAAUCGCCACGGGCACACGUGCCUGAUGAUCGCCUGCUACAAGGGCCACUUCGACAUCGCCAAAUACCUCAUCGACAUCGCGGCGAAUGUCAACCGCAAGAGCGUGAAGGGCAACACGGCGCUGCAUGACUGCGCCGAGUCCGGCUCGCUAGAGAUCAUGAAGCUGCUGCUGGACCACUGCGCCAAGAUGGACGUGGAUUCCUACGGAAUGACACCACUUUUAGCAGCCAGUGUAACAGGCCACACACAUAUUGUGGAGUACCUCAUCUCUAGAUCAGAUCUGGUGUCACGAAAGGAUAAGAUUGACGCACUAGAACUUCUAGGGGCUACAUAUGUUGACAAGAAACGGGAUAUGCUCGGGGCUCUCAGAUUCUGGAAAAUGGCUAUGUCUGAAAGGUAUGAGUAUGAUUUAAUGAUUUACCCCAAGCCAGUACAACAGUCACCCAUUGCUGCCUAUGAAAAUUCAGUAGAAGUGAUGACAAUGCAACAACUAGAUGAAAUUAUCUCAGAUCCUGAUGAGAUGAGAAUGCAGGCACUCCUUGUGAGGGAGAGGAUCUUGGGACCAGCACAUCCAGACACCAGUUAUUAUAUCCGUUAUCGAGGUGCUGUGUAUGCUGAUACUGGAAACUUUGACAGAUGUAUAACACUUUGGAUGUAUGCACUUGACAUGCAACAAAAAAUCCUAGAACCUUUAAGUCCAAUGACCCAGAGUUCAUUUGUAUCAUUUGCUGAACUAUUUUCAUUUAUGAUGAGUGAAGCUAAAAACAGAGGGAGGAGAGUACCAGUGGUCAACUUCUGUGAUAUGAUGAGAGUGUUUGAGAAAUGUAUGCGAGAGGUAGAAGUAGGUAUGUCUCAGCUUAGCAAAGUUAAUAAUUCAGGUUGUGGAUCAGUCUUGGCCAAUGGGGGUGAGCGCGACACAACUUACUUCCACCGCACACUAGUUAUAACAAUGCAUUUAGUAUGUUUGCUUACAAAAUUAGGGCCAGGUCUGACUACACUACAGCGGCACACCAUGAGGAAAGCCGUGUAUCACCUUGUACGGAUGGACCCCCGAGGCACGGGUGGUGUCACUCCCCUACACCUUGCUUGCUCACGUGACUCAUCUGCAACAGUUGGGAGAUUCCCCAUUUGUACUUUCCCAAGCUUGGAGGUUGUAUCUUUACUGCUAGAAGUUGGGGCUGAUCCAUGUGCUACUGAUCAGCAGGGCAACACCCCACUACACACAUUAGCUAGUAACAAACAGUGUCGUCGUGAAUUACUAACAUCCCUCCUUGCUGCUGGUGCUCACUUAGAUACUCUAAAUGGCUCAGGCCAGAGUUUUGCUUCUUUGCGUGCUUCCCGUGGUCAGCGCUUGUCCCAGUUAAUAAAUCCACUUCAUUACACUUCCUUACAGUGCCUAGCAGCAGCCACUAUCCGUAGACAUGGCCUUCACUACAGUACAGUUCUACAUCCUCGUCUCUCAAAAUUUGUUGACCAACACUGAUCCUAUCUGUAAUUAGCCCAGCUCAGAAUCCUGUUCCUUGUAUAUAAAUGUGAUAAUUCAUCAUAUGUACAUAAUAUACAUAAUCAUUAUCUUUACAUUUGUGUAAAGGCAUAUGUAGCCAUUAUUGAUUUGAUGGUGUGUGACAUCAUCUUGUGGCAUUAAUAUUGUAAGUGGCCCAGCAUGUAUUGUCACUGUGAUAAUUGGCAGACCUAUUCCAGGGUUGCAGGCAUCCUAGAGGCCUCUGUUACCAUUAAUAAGAUUCUCAGCAAACUAAAAUGGAGUCAGAUUCUAUACUUGCUCAGUCUAGUUUAUCCUUAGACCUUGUGUAAUAUUAGAGUUAUCAUUUUGAAAAUGUUAUUUUUGGACUGUCCUGUUUGAGCAUGUUACAAAGAGUUCUGAGGCUUGAGGUUGUCUGGCAACAGUGGGGUAUUGUCAGCUUGGCUUUCCAUGGCAGUGACAUUCUGGAAGAUUGUAUUCUUUCAGUAUUAAGGAGGAAAUGUUCCACAUGCAGUAUCUGUGCAAAGUUCUAUUUUUCUUUUUUAAGUUGUAGAUAAUCAUUAAAUAUUAGUGUGUCUCGUUGUUGUAAUUUUAUCAUUUGUAAUUUUUAAAUGUUUGGAAACUUGACAUCAUCCUUUAAUUUUGUCUUUUUUUUUUUUACAUGAUGUAACAUUUCCUUCAGACAAUUAUUUGGAUAUCUGUAUCGUAAGUGAAGUUACUGUCUCUCGUCACUGUUUCCCAGUUAUGUGAUCAUUUAUGGAAUCUGAAUGAUAAAUUCAUGUAUUGAGAGGUAAAAAGAGCAGAGGCAUGAACUCUACUAUCCCUCACAACAGUCUUUGUGAUAUGAUUUUUUUUCCUGUUGUAUUAUAGCAUAAUUUUGCUGUAUUUGUGUGCUGUCAUUUUUCAGUGCAAACAUAAAAGCUUUUAGUGGGAUUAUUACUCAGUAGAGUGAACUUUCUAAUAAAGGAUUUAUUUGCUUUUGAAUAAAAUUACUAUCAAAAUCAACAGUGUUGAAAAUCUGGACAUAUUGGACAACUGUCUAAAUUUUUGUAUUUUUCUUUUCAUUCUUUUCAAGGGGUUGCAAUAUUGUGUUCAUAUUAUCUAUUAACAAAUUUAUGUGUAAUUGUAGUAGACAUUGGUAAACCCUCUGGUCUUUUUUUCUCUAACUGGAGCAGUAUUUUUGGUUACAAAUCAGAAUAACUAGUUCUGUGCAAGUUUGUUAGCAUGUAAAUGACUCAUAAAUUUGUUAAAUAUCUUGAAGAUACAAAAUUGCUUCUUUCUUAUGGCUGUAAGGCACUUGAUUGAAUAUCACUUAACAAAAUGAUAAUUGUGUUCAUCCAUUGCAAGGAAUGUAAUUACUCUAGUGCAUAGGAUACCAAAUCUUACAUAAAUAUUUUUGUAUAUCGUCAAAACUAAGAUACUGCUUUAAAAAGUAUUGUCAAAAUUAAGGCCUUAUUAAGAAAUGUAAUAUCUUACAUUAUCAUUGUUUAUUUGUUCAUCGGUCUUGAAGUAUGUCAGUUAUUAAUCAAUUUAAAUGGUCUAUUUUGUUUGCUAUUAUGUUAAUACUGCUAGCACUCAUGUAACAGUUGUGGAUUUUGAACACAUAGACAAUAUUGUCACAUAAGGAAAUGUGUGUGCACUUGCCAAUAUGAUUUCUCUUUGGGGUUCAGCGUACUUGCAAGAUGGUGUGACUUUCAUGAAAAUAAAAGUUUAUGCUAUGAA